CGUCCAAAUUCAAACGCCACGCUCCUUCACUUUGCACACUCCUCCCCACUUGCAGAAAACUUCUCCUUUCUCUCUUCUUUCUUGGUUCAGGUCUCGCUCGGUCUCGCCCGGUCUCGCCAUGGAGGCCAGACGUUCGUUCGGUGGCUUCUUCGCCAUGUUGGUGCUGUCUAGUUUGGUUGGGAGUGCAACAUUGGCUCAUGCCUCGUGUGAUUUCCCGGCGAUAUUCAACUUCGGGGACUCAAACUCCGACACUGGAGGCCUCUCCGCGGUGUACGGCCAGGCACCGUCGCCUCAUGGGGAGACUUACUUCCGCCAGCCCGCCGGGCGGUACUCCGACGGCCGCCUCGUGGUCGACUUCAUAGCUCAAAGCUUCGGAUUGCCCUAUUUGAGCGCGUACUUGGACGCGGUCGGAUCGAACUUCAGUCACGGAGCCAACUUCGCGACUUCCGGGUCAACCAUUAGACCCCAGAACACGACUUUCCGUCAGACAGGGUACAGUCCCAUCUCUCUGGAUGUUCAGUUCAACGAGUUCUACGAGUUCCGCCGCCGAUCUCAAGUUGCCCGCAGCCGAGGUGGGGUCUAUGAGAAGCUGUUGCCCACGGAAGAAGUUUUCUCUCGGGCGCUGUACACAUUCGACAUCGGCCAGAACGACCUCACGGCCGGUUACUUCCUGAACAUGUCCACGAACGAAGUAAAAGCAUACAUACCCGAUUUGCUCGGACAAUUCAAGAACGUUGUCUCGCACAUAUAUGGCGAAGGGGGGAGGUACUUCUGGAUACACAACACGGGCCCCUUCGGUUGCCUCCCGUACGUGAUGGAGCGGAUCCCGAUCCUGGUGUCGCAAGUCGACCGCGCAGGCUGCGCAGCCCCAUUCAACGAAGUGGCGCGGCAUUUCAACCGCGGAUUGAAGGAAGUCGUGACCCAAUUGAGGAAGGAACUGCCGUUGGCUGCCAUCACCUAUGUGGACGUUUACGCGGUCAAAUACGCCCUGAUCAGCAAACCCGUGAAGUACGGAUUCAAGCAACCGUUGAGGGCGUGCUGUGGCCACGGAGGGAAGUACAACUUCGACAUGCACAUGGGCUGCGGCUCGAAGAUCACGGUGGGCGGGAAGGAAGUGUUGGUGGGAAAUUCCUGUAAAGACCCAUCAGUUUAUGUGAACUGGGAUGGCUACCAUUACACUGAAGCAGCCAACAAGCAGAUCUUCGAUCACAUCGUGGGCGGUUCGUUUUCUGACCCGCCCGUUCCAUUGAACAAGGCUUGUCACAGGCUUCCCUCUCCCUGAGUCGUCACCCUCUGGAUCGAGUUCUCACCUUGUUCCAGGUGGGUUGUUGACUCGAGAUAAGAUUCUUUUUUGAUUUCCAACGAUCUUGUCGGAGCUGCUUCCCGAAUAACUGCAGUGUAAUGAGACAUUUAAUUCAAUAGGUUGCACAGAAUAAUGUAUUGCUAGACUAUCCUGAAAUGGGCUCUCUUGGGUUGGAAGAAAAUGAACGGAACGCGACAUCAAACAUUGAACAGUGACCAGGUUAGAGUGAACGUCGAGCAUCGGAAGACAAUGAUGUGAAUGGAAAUUCCAAGAGGAUUCCUUAGGUGUUCGUGGAACACCAUGCCAUGGCCUCAUGUGGUCUGUUAGUGGUUGGCAUGUCAUGAUCGGCAUAUAUCGAAACGGUGAUGUCGGCCUUGGGGGAAUCUAUGCAUCCAACCUAAAGAAUGUCCCCAUGCUUCGGCAUGUGAACCAGUAGAUAUCGGAAUCCUAAUUCAAAUUCAAGA